AUGCCCGCCGACAUUGACGAAGAAUCAGCCCGCCUGGAUCCUACGUUGCCGCCUGUUGAGAAACCUGUUCAAUAUGAAGACAAUAAUCAGCCCAGAAAGGGUCUACAUCCGGCUUUCUUUAUCAUAGCAUGGAUUGCGUUGAGUUCAACAUUGAUUCUAUUUAAUAAACAAGUCCUUGGAUACGGGCAUUUCGCCAUCAUCCUAACAACAUGGCAUCUUACCUUCGCAACGAUCAUGACCCAAAUCCUCGCACGCUUUACGUCGUUGCUCGACGGUCGCAAACGAGUCAAGAUGACGGGCCGCGUAUAUCUGCGCGCCAUCGUGCCGAUAGGCGUGUUCUUUAGUCUAAGUCUGAUUUGCGGAAAUGUGACGUAUUUGUAUCUGAGUGUGCCGUUUAUUCAGAUGCUCAAGUCCACAACUCCCGUCGUAAUCCUCUUUUGCACAUGGGCCUUCAAACUCGAGCCCUACAACUUCCGACAACUCAUGAACGUGUGCGUAAUCGUGCUGGGCGUCAUGAUCGCCUGUUUCGGCGAAGUCGAUUUCGUCGUCGUCGGCGUGCUGUUUCAGAUCGGCGGAAUCGUUUUCGAGGCUAUCCGACUCGUCAUGGUGCAGAGACUGUUAUCGUCGGACGAAUUCAAGAUGGAUCCGCUCGUGUCGCUAUACUAUUUUGCGCCGGUCUGUGCCCUUAUGAAUGGUGCUGUAGCGGCGGCAGUCGAAUUACCGCGAUUCAAGAUGGAGGAUGUGUGGCAUGUGGGUGUUUGGAUGUUGGUUUUGAAUGCGGUUGUGGCGUUUGCGUUGAAUAUUUCGGUUGUUUUCCUCAUAAGCAAAACAUCCUCCCUCGUCAUGCGCCUCUGCGGCAUUCUCAAAGACAUCCUCAUCGUCAUCUCCUCACUCAUCCUCUGGCACUCGCCCAUGACCGCCCUGCAAGUUGGCGGUUAUACACUCGCCCUUUUCGGGCUCAUCUACUACAUGCUUGGCUACGACCGCAUCGUCGGCUUCUCCGCUCGCGCAGCAGGCGGCCUAAUCAACGAAUACAAAACACGCAAGAGACGCUUGGCGGGCGUUUUGUGUUUGUUUUUGAUCGGAUUUGUGGUUGUGUUGAGCAUUAUGGGGUUGUUGGCGGUGAAGUUUGCGCCAGACAGAAUCGAGGAUUUGAAGAGUUGGAUUUAUUAUACCAGCACGGGGGAUGAUACGAGAUGA